AUGUCAGAAGUCUCUGUGAUCCCAGCCCCGCCGGGCGUCACGGUCGACUUUGACCACCCGAGGCAGCAAAAGGUGCUGGAGCAUUACUUGCUCUUUGGUGUUGGUGGUACAAUUGCCUUCAUCGCCCUGUGCCAAAGAUUUUACACCAAAUUGUUCCUUUCCAAAGGGCUACAAGUUGACGAUGCUUUCAUGUUUCUGGGAUGGGGUGCCUCCGUAGUCACUCAAGCAAUGCUUGUUGCUUCUAUUGCUGAAGGUGGCAUGUGCGCCCAUGCUUGGGAGAUGCCAAUGUCAAGAUUCGUGCGCUACUCUAUCAAGUGGUUUAGGGUAGCAGUAUGGACGGGUAUCGCGGUCGUCUCGCUGUACACAGCAUGCAUCACUAUCCUGAUGCUGUUCCACUGCAACCCCGUCAGGAAAGCGUUCGACUUCACUAUCACCGGCGGAAAGUGCCUCGACGUUGGCAUUCUUUACAUGGCUACGGCUGUCUCUAACAUCAUCACCGAUGUCAUGUUGUUCAUUCUGCCGAUGCCUAUGAUCUUCAGCCUUCGCAUGAAGAUGGCAUCAAAGAUCGGCGCCGUUAUCAUCUUUGCCAUUGGAUCAAUAUUGACCUACCUGCCCCCACUGCUCGUCAGCGUAGAUCCGUCAUGGGAUGCUGCCCCUGCGAAUAUCUGGACUUUCGUUGAAGCCAACCUUUUUGUGAUUUGCGGCUCGAUGCCCACCCUACGAAAGUUCUUCAAGCAUUUCGCGCCAAAGCUCAUGGGCUCUUCGACGAACCCAUCAUCUUACGCAGUCGGCGGUUAUCGAAUGUCAUACGCGCAUCAAAGAUCAACGAAUGCCAUGAAAAGUCGACAAAGAAAACAAUACGAACAAUUUCCGGACGAGAACGAAAUGCAUACCUUCCACUCCGAUCGCAAGAGGGCGAACGAAGAAGACCCCGGCUUCUCGUCCGUAGUAGUCGCCGGUGGGAGGGAGAGCGCCGACGACAUGAGCGACAAGGCGAUUCUACAGACCAAAACCGUGACGAUACAGCGCGAUUGA